AUGACCGAGGUUGAAAUAAUGCAGGAUCCGGGCGAACCAGAGGCGAAACGAAUGAAGCAAGGCACAGUUAUUAUUCAGCUACAGGAUGAAUCUGGAAAUAAAUGUGGAGAUCCGAUCGAAGUUCCUGAAAAUGUGACGGCCGCCCAACUAUCAGAUUUGACAAACUCAUUUUUGGAAAGUCCCGAUGAAAAACACGCCUUCUAUACUAAUUCAGUGGAAAUUUUGAAGAACCUUGGCGAUACAUUGGAAGAAAUCGAUCAAAAGACGGAAGGAACAAUAGUCGUUGUCUACAGCCCGAUUGCUGUCUUCAAAGUUAGAGCCGUCACACGUUGCUCCAGCGAAAUUCAAGGUCACACUGAAGCUAUUUUGACAGUGAGCUUUUCACCAGAAGGAAGAUAUCUCGCUUCGGGAUCAGGCGACACAACGACUCGUCUUUGGGAUUUAUCUUCUGAAUCACCCCAGUUCACUCUGGAGGGUCACAAAAGUCACAUUCUCGCCAUCGCCUGGGCUCCAGACUCAAAGAAGAUUUGUACUGGAUGCAAAAGUGGCCAGAUUCGAUUGUGGUCCCCAAAAACUGGGAAACAAAUAGGAAAAGUAAUGUCGGGUCACAAACAAUGGAUAACAGGAAUCGCUUGGGAACCCCUUCACCAAGACGGCUCAUGCAGACGGUUCAUCUCGUCAUCAAAAGAUACAAAUGCGAUUAUUUGGGAUGCUGUAAAACAGACAAAGCUGAUCACGCUUUCGAACCAUCAGUCAUCCGUUACUUCGGUUGUUUGGGGAGGACAGGGACUUAUCUACACAGGAAGUCAAGAUCGAGUCGUCUCAGUUUGGCGUCCAGAUGGUACUUACUGCCGCGCGCUCAGAGGACACGCGCAUUGGGUGAACUCGCUCGCUUUGAAUACUUCUUACAUAACGCGCACAGGAGCGUUCGAGCCAGCAAAAGCGAAACAAGCAAAUCAACUACCUGAGGACCCGGCUAUUCUCCAGAAAGAAGCACGAGUUCUCUAUGAUAAAUAUUUGAAAUCGAUUGGGGGGUUCGAACGUCUUUGCUCCGCAUCUGACGAUCAUACCCUGUUUCUCUGGAAACCUGAAAGCGAUAAAAAGCCCUUGAGUCGACUGACAGGUCACCAGGCAACGAUAAACGAUGUAAAAUUCUCACCUGAUGCGCGAUACUUGGCGAGUGCUAGUUUUGACAAAUCCGUUAAGCUAUGGUGUGGGAAGACGGGGAAGUUUAUUUGCGCCUUUAGAGGACAUGUGCGCCCAGUUUAUACACUGGCUUGGUCACUGGACUCACGAAUGAUUGUCAGCGGAUCAUCUGACUCAACCCUCAAGUUGUUCGAAGUCUCCACAAGAAAGUUAUUGAAAGAUUUGCCCGGUCACGCAGACGAGGUUUACGGAGUGGAUUGGUCUCCUGACGGCCAGAAAGUUGCGUCUGGAGGAAAAGAUAGAGCUCUACGACUGUGGCGGAAAUAA